AAUACAAAUAUAUUAUAUAUACAAAAUGGAACAAAUAAAGAAGAUGGCGUUUCUCUCUUCACAUAAAAAGGUGGUAUUACACCCGAUCGUAAUGCUCUCAGUGGUAGACCAUUACAACAGAGCUGCCGCGGGGACCUCGCGACGAGUUGUUGGCACAAUUCUUGGAGAGAUGAUAGAAGGAGACAUACACAUCACUAAUUCAUACGCAGUACCAUUCGAAGAGGAUACUAAAAAUCCAUUGGUUUGGUUUUUUGACCAUAACUACCAUGAACGCAUGUUCACAAUGUUCAAAAAAAUAAAUACAAAGGAAAAGGUACUAGGCUGGUACAGCACCGGACCUAAAUGUAAACCUGCUGAUUUGGAAAUUCAUGAACUCUAUCGCAAAUACUGUCCAAAUCCAAUUUAUAUUAUAGUCGAUAUCAAUCAAAAGGAAGAAGUCCCAAUAGAAGCAUAUGUAUCAGUAGAAGAACCAACCAGUGAUAGAAGAUUCAGAAGGACAUUUGCACAUGUUCCCUCUGAAAUGGGCGCUUUUGAAGCUGAGGAAGUUGGAUUGGAACACUUGUUGCGCGAUUUAACAAACGUGACCACUUCCACGCUGUCCACCAAAGUUGACAAUAAAGUGUUGGCUCUGAAGUCACUAGUGCUCAAACUUGCUGAAAUUGUAGAUUACCUUAAAGGAGUUAUCGGUGGACAGUAUAACCUUAACCCUGCCAUCGUUUACAUGCUACAGGAUAUACUAAAUCUAUUUCCGUCGGUAGAUAGUGAUGCUAUUAAAGAGGCAUUUAUCAUUAACAUGAACGACACAUCCUUGGCAAUAUAUCUAGGUAGCAUACUCAGGGCCAUACUCGCACUCCACAACCUAAUUGAUAACAUGACAGAGAAUAAGCGUAUUGCCAAAAACAAAAAGGAAGCGGCCGCUGCACAACCAAAACAAACAUCAUCAUAAAACGCGUAUUUUCAAUCUUAAGAAACAGUU